AUGCCUUGCUCCACACUCUUUCUGCUCCUGCUCCUGCUGCCUCCUCACGACGUUAAAGCUAGGAGCCUCCGAUACCAUGGCCCUGGCUGGAAACUAUUCCCCCACCUGGGCAAGGACUUCAGAACUUACAACCAACGCCAGAUCCAACACAUGAGGCAAAACUUGCGCCAGGGUCGAGCGGAAGAGGACUGUCAGGGUAUUUUCGACCUCUACUUCGUCCUGGACAAGUCAGGCUCUGUGGCCAAACACUGGAAGGACGUUUAUUCAUUUACGGAGAAUUUGGUGAAGAAAUUCCAGAACUCUAAACUGCGGAUGUCCUUCAUUACCUACUCAACAGAUGCUGACAUUCUCAUGCCACUCACCUCAGACAGAGAAACAAUCGAUGAUGGCCUUUUCAGACUCCAGAAAUUGGUGCCUGAAGGACGUUCAUACAUGCAGAAAGGAUUUAUGAAGGCGAAUGAACAGAUCAGAAAUGCCACCUUGGGAGGUAAGCUUGUCAACAGCGUGAUUAUUGCUCUGACUGACGGGCCAUUGAUGAUACACUCGUACAAGGAGACCCUGGAAGAGGCCAACAAAGCUCGGAGAAUGGGAGCAAUCGUUUACACUGUGGGUGUACAUGAGUAUAACAAACAGCAGAUCAUCGAGAUUGCAGACAGCCCAAAUAACAGUUUUGGGGUCGACAACGGGUUCCCUGCUCUGCAGGACAUCAUUGACAUGCUUGUUUCCAAGUCCUGUACUGAAGUACUAUCCGUGCAGCCUUCCAAGGUGUGUGUAAAAGACUCCUACAAAGUAAACAUUAGCGGACAUGGGUUUGACAAUGCGAAAGCCCUGAGCCAAGUGCUUUGCAGAUUCACGUUCAGUGACUCCAGAAUCGUUGAUGAAGCCCCCAUUGACAAGAAUGAGAACACUAUAUCCUGUCCUGGACCAAAGAUACUGCAUACUGGAGAGGAAGUCUUUCUUGAAGUCAGUCUGAACAAUGGCCUCUCCUUCAUUGGGAACAAACUCACCAUAACCGGUAACAGCUGUGGGAAUACUGAGGGAGACGCACUCAGCGGCAGCAGGAGCGGUUCCAUACCCAGCCAGCUGCAGCAGGAAGACCCAGGCCUGGUCCCAGUUGACACAAAGCAAGCCGACACAAAGCAAGCAGACACAAACGACACAAAGCAAGCGGACACAAACGACACAAAGCAAGCGGACACAAAGCAAGCGGACACAAACGACACAAAGCAAGCCGCCGUCCCGGUCUCCAGGGCAAUCAACAAGCCAGCAAGAGACAGCACCAACUUCGACUGGAACUUGCUCCUCUUAAUCCCGGUCUUGCUGGUGGCUGUCCUGCUGCUGCUGUGCUGCUCUUGGAAGUUGUGCCGCAGGAAGCCUAAGAAGCCGCCACCAACUGCACCACCGUCGGAGAAGCCUCCAGGCCAGGCUUCUGCUGUCAAGAGUGGCCUCGAGAGAACCAAGAGCACAGAAGAGCCAGAAGAAGAGGAGCGGCCCCCUCCUUCUACAUCACCACCUGCUCCUCAUGCCCACCCUCCUCCAGCUGUCAACCCAAACCCUACUGUGAUUGUUGCCUGCUGUGGCUGUGGAAACAGAAGGGUGCAGGGAAGCCUGGACACAUGCUACAACUACUUUCAACCAAGCUGCCACCAGAUGCCAGUGAUGUGGUGUCAUCCCAAGGUCCAGGGGCGAUGCGCCAACUUCACUGUCGUGAAUCCCGGCUGCUCACCGGCCUCCUGCAGCCCAAAGAUUUGCCUCAGUCCCAAUAGAAACUGUUUCCAUCUCACACAAGCACCGUGCACCUCAAGGCUUGUCCUUCAACCCAACGGGGAGUGUUUCAGCAUCCCACAGGCAUCCUGCAGCUCAAAGAUCUGCCUGGGAAACAGCCGAGAAUGUCUCCCUGUUACACAGACUCUGUGCUCAAAGAUGUGCCUACCAAAUCAGAAGUACUACACUAUCAACUAUCCACAGUCCCCAUGCCCAACCAGGUGUACCGGGUCUCCCUCCAGGAUGCUCCCUCUGCUCACUCCCCACACCCGCCAAUCUGUAGAAUCCCUUUGUCACACCCACCCCCGUCACCCAUCCUCUAAAAGACAAAAUUUCUAA